AUGCUGGCGCUGGCAGAGAAGACAAGCGGAAGAGAACGCAGCAUCCUGUCCUCUGCCGCUCCUCUUGAGACGCCUCUGCCUGUCAAAAACGGCCAGCCCACAGGCGCAGGCGGCACGUCCAGACCAGGCACAAGGGGGCCUUUUCCGAAAGACAAGCACGCUCUAGCGGACUCGCAAUCUGGCGGAAGCGCGGCAAGUGCUGCAGCAGCUGCAGUGCUAACGGCUGGAUCUGCCGCAGUGGCUGCCACUAGCCACGCUGCAGCAGCCGCGGCUGCUGCAGCGUCUGGUGAACUUUUGCCUGCCGAAAGCUCGAGGGAACCCCCUCUUACCAGAGCCUUCCACAACCCGGGAAGAAAGAAGGGGUUCUCGCGCAGCACAGCUCGACCUGCAGUCCAGACACCACGCGCAGCAAGCACGCACGCACGACAACACGGCGCAACUGCAGUACCCCAAGAAGAGGCCACGACCAGCCCUACGCCUACGAGCAGGGGAGAGCAAAUCCCCGACCAUGCUGUAUUUCCGCGACUACGGAUACCAUAUGAACAAAAGAAAGAGGCACACGGGACGCUCCACUCUGCUGCUGCUGCUGGCACGCCUGCGAAGACGGCGCGAGGUGGCAGCACAUGGUCCAGCGACUUAAGGACGCCUUCCCGCGUCUGCGAAGAGCCUGCUCGAGGAAGCGAGGAGAGGCGACCUCCCGCCUUCGAAAGAGGCCCCCCCCCCCUGCUCGAAGGCUGCAGCGCCAGAGAUGGCCGCUUUCGCGCUGCUGCUGCAGCUGCUGCUGCAGCUCCUCUCCGUCUUCUGACCAUCGCAACACGGCAAACGCCGCCUGCGCAGACGGCUCUACCAAAUGCCCAUGGGGCCCUGCAGCAAAUCCCUUCACCUUCACCACAGCGCGCAAUCCAAGAUCCGUUUGAGGUCGCUCCAACUUUGGCCUCUCUGGCAGCCACCAGGAGGUAG